CAUCUUGAUUUGAUUUUUUUAUUUUUAUUUUCAUCAACAGUGCUUCCUUUUCUGGUAAACAAUAAUUUCGAAAUAAAAUCCAAAAAUAAACUAUCACAAGAAGAAGCCAUCUAGAUGCCUCUAGAAUUUUCUUUUUUAAUUGUAUUUAAUUGAGUGCAUUGGUGGUGCACUAUUCAGUUAAAUUUUGACAAACAAGUGUAUAACAUUUACAAGAAAAAAAAAACAAAAACAAUUCAACAACAAAAACAAUAAUAAAAAAAAUCAAAAAUGACUAAAGAUAAUUUAUCACCACAAGAAUUAAAAGAAAGAGGUAAUGAAGAAUUUAAAAAAGAAAAUUGGUCUGGUGCUUUGGAGUACUAUACAAAUGCAUUGAAAUUAACAACAAUUGAUGAUUCAGAAAAAGCUGUAUUUUUAAAAAAUAGAGCAGCUGUUUAUUUGAAACAAAAAGAUUAUGAAAAUACAAUAAUUGAUUGUGAUGAAGCAUUAAAAUUAUCACCAAAUGAUCCAAAAGCAUUAUUUAGAAGAUGUCAAGCACUUGAAAGUUUAAAACGUUAUGAAGAAGCAUACAGAGAUGCACGUCAUAUUAUUAAUAUUGAUCCAACAAAUAAACCAGUUAAAACAAUAUUAUCACGUUUAUUUGAGAUAGUACAAGAACGUCAUAAAUAUAAUUCUCAAACAAGUGCAAAAGUACAAAAAAUGUUUGAAGUUGCAUUUGAUAUUAAUGUUGAUAAAGAUAAACGUGAAACAGCAAUGAAUAAUUUACUUGUAUUAUCACGUGAAACAGCUGGUGCUGAAAUAAUGUUUAAAGCUGGUGUUAUUGGUAAAAUAUUACAAAUAUUAAAAAUUGAAAAAACAAAUGAACUUGUUAUUCUUUCUGGUAUACGUAUUAUUGCUGAGCUAUGUAAAGAUAAUGCUGAUAGAACAGAAAGUAUUAUUCAUGAAAUUGGUAUACCAUGGUUUUUAGAAAUAAUAAAUAGUAAUAAUGAGGAUAGAGUUACAGCAGCACAAUAUUGUAUGCAAACAGUAUUAAAUAGUUACAGUGGUAUGAAUAAUAAACCAGAUACAAAACCAAAUAAAGAAUUAGCUGAAAAAUAUAAAAAAGAAAUUGAUACAUUAUUAUCAUGUUUAGUUUUUUGUACAACAAAUCGUACAAUAACUGGUCUUGCUAGAGAUGCAAUAAUUGAAUUAAUAAUGCGUAAUGUACAUUAUCAAUAUCUUGAUUGGGCUGAAAGAUUAGUUGAAAUACGUGGCCUACAAAGAUUAAUGGAAGUUGCUAGUGAACUUGAAGAAUAUAAAUAUGAAUCAGCAAUGAAUAUAACAUCAUCAACAAGAACAGUAACAAGUGUAUGUCUUGCUAGAAUAUAUGAAAAUAUGUAUUAUGAUGCUGCUAAAGAAAAAUUUACAUCAGCUAUUGAUGAAUAUAUUAAAGAUAAAUUAUUAGAUCCAGAAAUUGAAGCAAAAGUACGUGUUACUGUUGCAAUAACAACAUUAUUACUUGGUCCACUUGAUGUUGGUAAUGCAAUUAUUGCCAGAGAUGGAAUAUUACAAAUGAUACUUGUUAUGGCAACAUCAGAUGAUAUAUUACAACAAAAAGUUGCUUGUGAAUGUAUUAUUGCUGCUGCAUCUAAAAAAGAUAAAGCAACAACAAUUAUAAGUCAAGGUAUUAAAAUAUUAAAAAAAUUAUAUCAAUCAAAUGAUGAUGCAAUUAAAGUACGUGCUUUAGUUGGUUUAUGUAAACUUGGAAGUUCUGGUGGUAGUGAUGCAACAAUAAAACCAUUUGCUGAUGGUGCAACAUUAAAAUUAGCUGAAGCAUGUAGAAGAUUUCUUAUUAAUCCAAAAAAAGAUAAAGAUAUGAGAAAAUGGUCAAUUGAAGGUUUAUCAUAUUUAACAUUUGAUGCUGAAGUUAAAGAAAAAUUAAUUGAAGAUCAAUCAGCAAUAACAGCUAUGAUUGAACUUGCUAAAAGUGGUGAUAAAUCAGUACUUUAUGGUGUUGUUACAACACUUGUUAAUUUAUGUAAUGCAUAUGAUAAACAAGAAAUAAUACCAGAAAUGAUUGAACUUGCUAAAUUUGCUAAACAUCAUAUACCAGAAGAGCAUGAACUUGAUGAUCAAGAUUUUGUAUCUAAAAGGCUAAUAUUACUUGCAAAUGCUGGUGUAACAACAGCACUUGUUGCAUUAUCAAAAACAGAUAGUCAAAAUAGUAAAGAAUUAAUAGCACGUGUAUUUAAUGCAAUAUGUAGUCAACAAGAAGUACGUGGUAUUUGUGUACAACAAGGUGGUGCUAAAGCAUUAUUACCAUUGGCACUUGAUGGUACUGAAAAAGGUAAAAAACAAGCAUCACAAGCACUUGCUAGAAUUGGUAUUACAAUUAAUCCUGAAGUUGCAUUUCCUGGACAAAGAAUUAUGGAAGUUAUUAGACCAUUAUUAAAUUUAUGUAGUCCAGAUUGUUCAGCAUUAGAAAAUUUUGAAGCACUUAUGGCAUUAUGUAAUUUAGCUGGUGUUAGUGAUACAGUUAGAAAACAUAUUCUCAAGGAGGGAGGUUUUACUAAAAUUGAAAGUUACAUGUAUGAAGAUCAUUUAAUGUUACAAAGAGCUGCAACACAAGUUAUGAAUAAUAUGAUGAUGAAUGAAGAAGUUGUACAAUUUUAUGAAGGUGAUAAUGACAGAGUCAAGUAUCUUGUUAUUUUAGCUGAAGAUGAAGAUAAAGAAACAAGUCUAGCUGCUGCUGGUGCACUUGCAAUGCUAACAUCUGUCAGUAAAAAAGCAUGUUGGAAAAUAUUUGAUUCUAAAAAUUGGCUUGAAUCAAUACAUUAUUUAUUGGCAAAUCCUGAUUCUGAUGUACAACAUAGAGGUGUUGUUAUUGUAUCAAAUAUGAUACAAAGUACCAAGGAAGUUGCUGCUAAACUUAUAGAAACAGAUGUCAUGGAAAUAUUAAUGGCACUUAUCAAAAGUGAUACUGUUAAAAAUCCAAAAAUUAAACAAAUUGCAGCAUCAGCAUUGGAAGCUGCUGCUAAAUGGCAGCUCAUAUCAAAACAAGCUGAUAUUGAUCCACCAAUAAUUGACACAUCGACUACUAAUCCAUUAGAAAAUAUGGAGUAAAUCAUUAAUAUAAAUAUUGUGCCUUCAACUUUUUUUAAUUCAAUUGUUAAUUUCAUUUGUUGAAAAAUAAUUAUUACCAUUUUGUUUUAAAAAAUCAUUUGCAUUUUAUUUGUAUUAUUUAAAUAUCAAUUGUUGUACUUUUAAAAAAAAUAAUUAUAAAUCUGUAUUUUUAAUCAAUGUAUAAAUUGAUAUAAUAAAUUUUUUGUUUAAAGUUUACA